CUCGCUCGAGCAGGGUUGGGCUUAGACGGGCGCGCUCUCGGGGACAGGGGGGGCAGUCCCGGUCCCGGCCCUCCGCGCGGGUGGGCUUGGAGCAGGCCGCACCGGGCGGGAACCCCACUCCCACCCCGGAGGCCCCCUGCCCUUUCUCCCCCUUUCCCCCCGGCCCAUGGUGCGAGGCUGGGAGCCGCCGCCCGGGCCGGACCGCGCUAUCUCUGAAGGGCACAAGUCAGAAAGCACCAUGCCUCCUAAUAAAGAGGCCAGCAGUCUUAAUAGCUCCCCUGCGGGGCUCAUCUGCCUCCCUCCAAUCUCCGAGGAGCUACAGCUUGUGUGGACCCAGGCAGCCCAGACCAGUGAGCUGGAUGGCAAUGAACACUUGCUACAAACCUUCAGCUACUUUCCCUAUCCCAGUCUAGCAGACAUUGCUCUUCUCUGCUUACGCUAUGGGCUGCAGAUGGAAAAAGUCAAGACUUGGUUCAUGGCCCAGCGCCUCCGCUGUGGCAUUAGUUGGUCAUCUGAAGAAAUAGAAGAGACUCGAGCCCGAGUGGUCUACCAUCGGGACCAGCUCCAUUUCAAAUCCCUUCUCUCUUUUACUCAUCACGCAGGGCGGCCCCCUGAGGAGGUGCCUCCUCCAGUGCCACCUCCAGAACAAAUGGGUCUUGGAAUAGUGCCCUUGACUCUUAGCGAGCCUACCCAGAUGAAAGGAUUGAAGGUAGAGCCUGAGGAGUCCUCAGAGCUGCUGAGUCACCAGAAAGCAAAGGAACCCCUGAUGGCACCUGGCAGUGGGACAUUCUCCCACCAAUCAGAUUUUUGGCAGGAUCUUCAAAGCAGUGGCCUCUCUAAGGAGCAGGCAGGCAAGGGUCCCAAUCAGUCACAUGGCCUAGGUUCUGCUUCCUGGAACCACUCCACAGCUGUCCACCAGCCACGUGCUCGGGAUAAGCCCCCACCAAUCUCAUUACUUGCCAGUAGUUGUAAGCAGGAGUCAGCAUCUAUUAUGACUCCUUCUUCUUCCUCUACCUCUUCCACUUUCCAGGUACUGGCUAAUGGAGCUACUGCCACCUCUAAACCCCUCCAGUCAUUGAGCUGUAUCUCACAGCCACUGUCACCCAAUGAACAGGCACUGCCCCCACAUCUGGAGCCAGCCUGGCCCCAGGGGCUAAGACAUAACUCAGUACCAGGUAGGGUUGGCCCUGCAGAGUACCUUUCCCCAGAUAUGCAACGCCAGCGAAAGACCAAGCGCAAAACCAAAGAGCAGCUGGCUAUCCUCAAAUCUUUCUUUUUACAGUGCCAAUGGGCACGGCGUGAGGAUUACCAUAAAUUAGAACAGAUCACUGGCUUACCUCGGCCUGAGAUUAUUCAGUGGUUUGGUGACACACGCUAUGCUUUGAAGCAUGGGCAACUAAAAUGGUUUCGGGACAACGCAGUACCUGGUGCCCCUAGUUUCCAGGACCCAGCAAUUCCCACACCCCCACCUUCAACCCGCUCCUUGAAUGAAUGGGCUGAGACACCACCUUUGCCAAACCCCCCACCCCCACCGGAUAUACGACCCUUGGAGAGGUACUGGGCAGCCCACCAACAGCUUCGGGAAAGUGAUAUCCCUCAACUGAGUCAGGCAUCAAGGCUUAGCACCCAGCAAGUACUGGAUUGGUUUGACUCUCGUUUACCUGAGCCAGCUGAGGUGGUGGUUUGUCUAGAUGAAGAAGAGGAGGAGGAGGAGGAGGAACUGCCAGAAGAUGAUGAGGAUGAAGAGGAGGAGGAGGAGGAAGAUGAUGACGAGGAUGAUGAUGUGAUCAUACAAGACUGAGGGGUGGGGGAGGGGAGGGGAGGUCUGUUACUAAAAGAUGAACCAACUUAGUAACUGUUUAAACAAAGAAACCACAUUUUUUUAAUUACCUUGUGGCAAAGAACUAAAAAGCUUUGUGUUCUUGAGGUUGGGGGAUGGGGGAUGUAGUGAGGGUGGGCCAGGGAGGAUGACCAUAGGACCCAAAGAGAGGUGAGGAUUGGUUGGGCAGAAAUCAGGCCUUUAGUCUCGGUGAAGAGAGUGCUAAGGAUCUGGUCCAAACCAUGGGCUGGGAAACAGUUCUUGCUCUCUUCAUGUCUGUUCUUUCCCCUUAUUGUACUAAGGAGAGGCCAGACAUUGGCCCCACGUCUUUAGUACUGGAAAGGAGGAGUAAAGAAUUUUGAUUCAAUUGAUGAUUCUAGUGCAUCCCCCAGUCUCACCAUUUUCCCUGGAAUAUAAGGCUGCCUCACACCCACCCCUUUCUUCUCUGAGCACGAGUCCCUGCAUAAUACAGCUGAGAGUCUUAGUGUGUCCCAGUCUCACUACAAGUAUUUCCUUCAUGCACACCAACUUGACGCUGGGUUUUCCCUGCUUCAUUACUGAGUUGCACAGGUAGCAGAAUGUUUUCACUUCUGAUACUGGGACCAUUUUGCCUUGUACUUUUUUAUCUUUUUCCAAAAUCCCUCGUUCUGUUCGCUAUUUGUCUCAGGGUAAAUCUUCCCCAUGGAGCUUGUGAAAAAGUUUAAUAAUUGGGUGGAGAAUAAUUUAGACUGGAUAUUUAUUGGAUGUGGGAACUGGGGGGAAAUGUCCUUUUAAAAAGUAGAAUUAGGUUACAGAGGGUAGAGGAGAGGGAUGAUUUCUACUGUUCAGAAGGUGGGUGCAGGUAGGUUGCAGGUUUGGUUUUACAAAUCUGAAACUUCCUCCUGCCUAGCUUGACAAAGACUAAUUUUUCAUCUUUUUGGUGUUGGCUCAAUGUGUGUCUAUAAUAGAGACUUUUUCCCCUCUUUAUAGGAUCUGUCUUGGGGACAGAGGGACCCUGGUCUUAACUGAAUUGAUUAUUGAUGUUUUAGAAUGGUUUUCAUCAGUUGGAGUCAGAUAUAAAGAUAUCAAUGGGUUAACCAUCUAGAAAUAAGAGUGGAAGCCCCAAAUUGCUAGAAUAAUAAAAGGCCAAAAAUAAAAUUGUUUCUCCUCCA